AUAAUACAAACAAAGAGAGAAAACUAGCAAACUGCAACAACGCAACUGCACUGCAGUUUUACGUCGCUUUCCUUUGUUAUCGCAACGAGAUCUCGCAACGUACGCAUUUUUAACAAACUUGUGAACUCAAAUUAAAUAAGUGAAGAAUUUUCGUAUUUUUCCAUUUGCCCAUUUGCCUGGACAUUAUCAAACGCCUUGUGUGACUCAUCAAAAAUUUCACAAUGGCGGCCAACAACAACAGCAGCAGCAACAACGAUCUCAAGUCCGUUGAUCAGGUGGGGAUUAGAGUCGAAGUGGCCACCAAUACGGACGACACAACCGAUGCUUUUGGAUCGUUGGGCACUGGCAGCAGCAGCACCACCACCACCACAAGUGCAUCGACCUCGACGUAUCACAAAAGCACCUAUGGCACUGGGGCCAUCGGCCAGCUGGCCUUGAACGGAUACAGCACCUCAUCCAACUAUCAGAAGAAUGUGGCCAAAAUGGUUACCGACCGGCAUGCAGCCGAGUACAACAUGAGGCACAAGCAUCGAGGCAUGGCACUCAUUUUCAAUCAUGAGCACUUCGAGGUGCCGACACUGAAGUCCCGCGCUGGCACCAACGUGGACUGUGAGAAUCUCACGCGCGUGCUAAAGCAGCUGGACUUCGAUGUCACCACGUAUAAGGACUAUCGUUAUCAGGAGAUCUUAAGUACCGUGAAGUAUGCGGCAGCACAGAAACACGAUGAUAACGACUGCAUUCUGGUGGCCAUUCUCUCGCACGGCGAAAUGGGCUACAUCUAUGCGAAGGAUACGCAGUAUAAGCUGGACAAUAUUUGGAGUCACUUUACGGCCAAUCAUUGUCCCUCGCUGGCGGGCAAACCCAAGCUCUUCUUCAUACAGGCUUGCCAGGGCGAUCGCUUGGAUACGGGCGUCACAAUGGAGCGUGGUCGCACCGAAACCGAUGGCGACUCCACAAUGAGCUAUAAGAUACCCAUCCAUGCGGAUUUCCUCAUUGCCUACUCGACCAUACCGGGCUUCUACUCGUGGCGCAACACCACCCGUGGCAGUUGGUUCAUGCAGAGCCUCUGCGCCGAGUUGGCCGCCAAUGGCAAACGUCUGGACAUGCUCACCCUACUCACUUUCGUUUGCCAGCGUGUCGCCGUCGACUUUGAGUCCUGCACUCCGGACACACCUGAGAUGCAUCAGCAGAAGCAAAUACCUUGCAUUACCACAAUGCUGACACGCAUAUUGCUCUUCAGCGAUAAGGGAAAGGUUCCGGCUGCUGGACGUAACUGAUUCACCUGGAGAUUAGUAGCUACGUGAGCUGACUAACUCAUUAUGUGCUGGUGCAGCUGCGGGUAGUGUGAUUAUAUAUAUCAAAAUGUUAGACAUGCGACAGCCAAAACAUGAAUGAAGAACACAGUGCGAAUUCUCACAAAUACUAAUAUUACAUAAUUUUGUAAACUAUUCCAUUGAAAUAGCCCACUCCUGCCAUGUCUGUAUAUCUAUUAAGCGUCCAAUUGUCCAUAAUAACCAUAUAUAUUAGAUUACUUUUGUAUCGGCUCUAUAUGUUUUAACAGCAAAUCAUAAUAUUUUUCUAUAUAUUUAUAUAUAAAUUACACACAUUAUAUAUGUGUGUAUAGAUCGCUCGAAAAUUUACGAUUUUAAAUAUUCAAAUUAUAAAAAACGAAGAGGAUUAAAAAAAAAGAAAACAGAAAACAACGAAGAGAAUGUUCAAAAACAAUUGAUCAAAGUUCGUAAAAUCGGUCGAUCAUCAAUUGUAUUUACUCGAAAUAAUUUUAGGAAAUCUUAGUUUGAUUUGAUGAAAAUAAAGUGUGAAACUGAAAGCCA